UACUAUGUAUUUGCUUCGUAAAUUAAAAAAUAAAUAGAAGUAGGAUUAUCAGUAUACAUUGUUGGAUAAACAUAACAUUUCUGUGACUUGCCAUUUACAGGGACAUUCCCAAUUUCAUUAUCAAGAAAUAUGUUUCUUUGUAAUGAAAAUGUGAUGGUGAGAUCAUGUGUGUUGCACAUCAAUUAUUGAAGUGUACAUAUCUUAAAUAGAUGGUCUCAUCGUCAGGACAUGUUAGUAUAAGGAUUAAGUUUGGUUUGGUGAUAAUGUGGGCUGGACAUAGACGGUUAACGUUCACGUUAUAUAGUCAAAAACAUUUGUUAAUAAACAUAAUAAAUAACAUAAUUGCCUCGUCAAGCUCGACUUCCGCGUUCCACCGAUGUAUCCAUGGCAACAGCUUCUAGUGUUGAUCAUCCCAAGAUGGCGGACCAGGAGACGUCCACGGCGCUCCCUCUUUCUACCGAAGCCAAGAAACGACGAGCACCUAAAGCUCCAGAGCUUCCAAUUGUGGAGAGGAGAAACUGGCUAAUUCACCAGCACUACAUACGCAAAGACUAUGAUACCUGUAAGGCGAUCGUCAAAGAACAGCUCCAGGAGACUAAUGGCAUGUGUGAAUACGCCAUAUAUGUUCAAGCACUAAUAUUGCGUCUCGAGGGCAAGAUCCAGCAGUCCCUGGAGCUGUUUCAGAGCUGUGCCAUCCUUAACCCCAGCAGUGCUGACAAUCUCAAGCAAGUGGCUCGAUCCUUAUUUCUCCUGGGGAAGCACAAAGCAGCCAUUGAGUUCUAUCAUGAAGCUGCAAGACUCAAUGAAACAGACUGGGAGAUCAGUCAUAAUCUGGGUAUGUGCUGUUUCUUCAUCAAAGACUUCAAAAAUGCUGAGGAGCAUCUCGGUACAGCUCUCCAGAUAAAUAAACACGAGAAGACGUUCAUGGUGCUUGGGAAAGUCCACUUGCUGGCUGGAGACACUGACAAAGCCAUAGAGGUGUAUAAGAGAGCAGUGGAAUACUUCCCAGAGAACACUGAGCUCCUCUCUACUCUUGGCCUGCUUUUUUUACAGCUUGGGAAAUAUCAGAAAGCUUUUGAGCACCUUGGAAAUGCCCUCACUUUUGACCCCAACAAUUAUAAGGCCAUCCUGGCUGCAGGCAGCAUGAUGCAGACCCACGGCGACUUUGAUGUGGCCAUGAACAAGUACCGAGUGGCGGCGUGUGUCGUGCCCGAGAGCCCCCCUCUGUGGAACAACAUUGGCAUGUGCUUCUUUGGGAAAAAGAAAUAUGUAGCUGCCAUCAGCUGCCUGAAACGUGCCCACUACUUGUCUCCUUUUGACUGGAAAGUGUUGUACAACCUGGGUCUGGUGCACCUGACCAUGCAGCAGUACGCCUCAGCUUUCCACUUCCUCAGUGCAGCCAUCAACCUCAACCCACGAAUGGGGGAACUCUUCAUGCUGCUGGCAGUUGCUCUGACUAACUUGGAGGAUGUCGAGAAUGCCACCAGAUCAUAUGAACAAGCAGUGACUCUGGACGAAUCCAACCCUCUGGUUAACCUGAACUUUGCAAUCUUUCUUUAUAAUCACGGUGACAAGAUAGCAGCUCUGAAUCAGUACCAGGAGAUGGAAAGCAAAGUCAAUUUGCUUCGAGACAGUAGUAGCAACUUUGAAUUUGAUGCAGAGCUGAUUGACAUGGCUCAGAAGAUGGGGACUGCCCUGCAUGUGGCUGAGAGUCUGGUGUGGACCAAACCAGGCAAGGACUCCAAAUCUAAACCAAACUCGGCCGCAGCCACCAAAACACCUGGUGCUCCCCUCGGUACCAACCAAGCUCUAGGUCAGGCCAUGUCUUCUGCUGCGAGCUACAACAAGAACAUCCAGCUACCAACAGAUUGUCCUAAUUGGCAUCAUCUGGGGACAUGCUGGCAGAGUUUGGGUGGAUUUCUCAUCCACGGGUCCUGACUCCAAACACAUCACUGCCACGGUUUGUUUGGUUUAAUGACGUCAGUCGCUGUGACCAUGUUUCCAUUACCACACGUAGUGCAGUGGAAGGAAGGUGACUUUUUUUUCCUCCACAUCUGUCCAAAGCAAAAAAAGCCCAUUGAGAGCUGUAAAUUAUGGAGAAGUUCGGGAAUUUAUUUUCAUAAUAUCUAAUGCCUAUGGCAACUCAUUUGAAAUUUGAUUCUGGGCCACUGAAAUAUUUACAGCCUUUGUGAAUCAAGGUGAAUCUGUUUUCAUGGCUAUAAAGACACAUUUUCAAUUUUGGCAUGAACAAUUGAAGUAAUAUUUGAGAAUGUAUAAUAUUAGGAGCGCAUGCUGUUACCAUUAUAUAUUGCUUAUCAACUCAGGCAUGAGUUGUGAGAAAAUGUCCCACUUGGUCAAGUGCAGGUGUGAAUAGCAAAUAAAAAGCCUUAAAUAGCAUGUAAAUAGCAAAUAAAAAGCCUUAAAUAGCAUGUAAAUAGCACAUUAAAAGUUUUCAUUUUCAGGGUUCUGUGCACCACAAUGAUGAUCUCAUCAUUUUAAAAGAGCUCUGAAAUCACUUGUUUUCACAAACCAAUAUUUUCCACAUGGGCUUGCUGCUUAAGCUGGGUCUGUAUUUCUUUUUUAUAAUGCAAGUUUUAUGUGUUUAAUGGUCUCUUUUAUAUGACUCGUAAUGUUAUUCUAUCCUGUACAAAUUCCCAGGUUAGGAUCAAUAAUCCAUAUAUCUAUAUCACUAGCUAGCUCAAUUUACAAGUUUUCUAUUGUAACUUGAGACUUCUGUACUGAUGAAAUGUUUUUUUCUACAGAAUACAAUGAUAGGAUUAUGUGUGUGUCAUAUUUUACUACUUUUGUUUAACAUGUGAUUUUCAAACUCCUGGAGGUUU